ACAUCGGAGUCAAUGGCGAUGAGAGAGAAAGCUCUGCAGUGUUUAGGACUGUGUCUAAUUGAUGAGUUGGAUGAUGAGAAUUUGAUAACAUUGAGAUAUCUGCUGGAGAAUCGUCAAGCAGAUCCAAAUGUCAUUGUGAAGUCAAAGCAGUACGCCGCGGUGCACUUUCUUGCGAGCCUGGAAAACAGAGAUUUUGCAGAUGCAGCGGCAAAUAUGAUUUUUGGCGAAUUCGGCGGCGAUCCCAAUGUGAAGGCGCUCCUCUGCGGAGUAACACCGAUGCACAUUGCGGCUGGCAAUGGAUAUGAGAAGCUCUUCGCCCUGCUUCUGGAGAAGGGUGGUGACCUAGAGAUUGUGGAUGAUGAUGGAAGGUGUCCACUUGCUUACGCUCUCGAGGAGAAUCGGCAGGAGAUUAUCAGUUUGGCUCAUGAUCACAUCCUGAAGCUGAAGAGACAGAAGAAACAGAGCGAGAUGUGCCUUUCUCCAGCGAUUGCAGGUCGCAUGGGCGUCACACCGGAUGGGACGCCUGUAAACUUCAACACUGCCAGUCCUUAUUAUAUCCACAUCACCCACCGAAGGAAGACGCCUCACUCUGGCACUGGAUGCUCGAGGGAUCAGCUGCAGCUGCCCGAGGAGAAGGAGAACAUUUACAGUACACCGAAGAAAGUGAAUUUGUUUGAUCUGACCAAGGAAAAUCUCGAGCAGCACUCGAAGUGUUUUUCGUCGAAUGGCGAAGAUCGCCAGUCGAAAAUUGCCGUGUGGCGAGAGAAGGUGUCCAGCUCCAGAAGUCGCCAAUCCUUCACUCGUUGCAUUGAGGAGAUGGAGAAGAUGCUGAGCCAGUUUAGUGAUCUCGACACGACGUCUGAGUGUUCAGAUCGUGGCUCCAGGAGCCAAUUCUACACUGCUCAUGAGACUGAGAACGAUUCUUAUGAUGUUCGCCGCUCCCCGCGCCUCAGUCAGAACUCAGUGCUGUACAUGGUGGAGAUUUAUCAGCACGAAGAUCCAGAGAAUAAUGUGCAGUUCUUCGAGCGCAAGUUUGGUGUGCCAGGAUCGUCUUGCGGAGAGGACGCGGCGGAAACCACUCUGUCCACGAUGUUAAAAAUACCGUCAGAGUACGAAACGGACGCUCUGAGAGAGGAACUCACGACUCUGGGCCAUCCGCCGGGUCCGAUCACCAACACCACAAAGAGAAUGUAUCUGAAGAGGCUGAUGAGCUUCCGCAAACACCCCGAGCGUGUGGCUCUUGUGGCAAAUGGACAGAAAUCUCAGCUGAAAUUCUCGGUAGAGCUGAUAAACUGCCUACAAAUGGAGAACUUGAAUCGUCAUCUCACGGAAUACUUGAAACUGGAGAGGGAAAUGAUACAGAGCUUUCAGGAUCCCAGCAAAAAGUGGCGAGAAGGUCAUCUGAAGACGUCUUUUAUCUAUUUGCUAAUUGAUCCGCGGGUGUCUGCCAAUUUGCCCAGCAGAACAUCGAGCCUGAGUCCGGAUGAAGUGUGGCAGAUCUUCUUGCAGUCCAUCUUUUACGUGGGCAAAGGCAAGAAUAGUCGUCCUUAUGCUCACCUGUACGAGGCCAUCAAGCACUUCGGAGAGUUUUACAUGUCGGAUCCGCUGGCGAAAACGGCUGAGCGUCGCCUGCAGAACCAGAAGAUCACUAAAAUCAUGGACAUCUGGAAUUGCGACUUGGGUGUUGUAUGUCUGCACGUCUUCCACAACGUUCUGCCCGUGGAGGCGUAUUCGCGCGAAGCGGCGCUUAUAGACUGUCUGGGACUUCAGCAUCUCACCAAUCACAAGCGCGGGGAUUACUAUGGAGCGUCCUCGUGCUGGAAUAUGAGGCAAAAGAAGCACAUGGCGAUUGGCCUGCUAUUUAAAGCACUCCAAGUGUACCUGGCUGAGGGUGAGAGUCAGCUUACUCCGAAGGAUCUCUUGUAAAUGUGAUUCAUGUGAUAUGAGCAUUUUUUUCUAUUAUUCUGAUCGUAUUGCAUUGAUGAUUGUGAUUUAUGUAUAAAUUUUUUGUCGGAAUUUAUCUUGCCGUGCAAAGACAAUGGAAAAAUUAUUAAACAAAGAAGAUUGAGUACAACAAUUAGUGAAAUGAUUUGAUUUCUGGAAAUGUUUGGUGAUUUUGCCUUUUGAAUUGAUAUAAG